GCUUUAUUUACAAUCACCACUAGAACAACCGUCAUUUCAAAACACAAGAUAUUAUUAAAAGCGGGUACAAAUCUUUAUUUUGCAUGGGAGCUAAUCAAAAGGGUUUGGCUCAGUUUGAGGAACAACUCAACAGUUAUUCAUAACUUCUGUGGCAAACCACUGAUUCUGAGCAACCGAUGGCAUCGGAGGAGAUGGAAGGCUUGUGCCCUUUGCCAGAGGUAACCGGCAUCAAGGUGGAGCCACCAGUCAGCAUGGGCUCAGCAGAGGAUGCCAAUUCACAGAACACCAUGGGCAUAAAGUUUAUUUUACCCAAUCGGUUUGACAUGAAUGUGUGCUCGCGCUUUGUGAAGUCAUUAAACGAAGAAGACAGUAAAAACAUCCAGGAUCAGGUGAACUCUGAUUUGGAGGUAGCCUCUGUGUUAUUUAAAGCAGAGUGCAAUAUCCAGACAUCUUCCUCACCUGGUAUUCAGGUCAGGCAUGUGUACACACCAUCGACCACCAAACAUUUCUCGCCGAUAAAACAGUCCACCACGCUCACCAACAAACACCGUGGCAAUGAGGUCUCAUCCACACCAUUGCUUGUUCACUCAUUGUCUAUUCACCAGUUGGCAGCACAAGGUGAGAUGGUGUUCUUAGCAAGUCGAAUAGAACAAGAGUCAGUAAUAAACCUGCAGGAUGAAGAGGGAUUCACCCCAUUGAUGUGGGCAGCAGCUCAUGGCCAGAUAGCCGUGGUGGAGUUCCUAUUAAGGAGUGGUGCAGAUCCUCAUCUUUUGGCCAAGGGGAGAGAAAGUGCUUUGUCACUGGCCUGCUGUAAAGGGUACACGGAUAUUGUUAGAAUGCUUAUCGACUGUGGAGUUGACGUCAAUGAAUAUGACUGGAAUGGUGGAGCUCCAUUACUCUACGCAGUACAUGGCAAUCAUGUUCGCUGUGUGGAAAUCCUCUUAGAGAGUGGAGCUGACCCAACCAUGGAAUCUGAUUCUGGUUUCAACGCUAUGGACAUGGCUGUGGCUAUGGGCCAUAGAAAUGUCCAACAGGUCUCGGAGGCUCAUCUCCUGAAGCUUCUACAAGGUAUCAAAGAAUAACAAUGGCAACAAAGUAACAGUGAGAAAGAGGAUAUACAUGGAGACUCGGGGAGAACAUUCUUUUAAUGUUUAAUAUCAGUGAACUGAUAUAGUGGACAAUUUUGUUUUGCACAUUUGUGAAACGUACAUAUAUUUAUUUAGUAAAAAAAUUGUGUCCUUUAAUAUUUUGCAUUUAUUUUAAGGAUACAAAGGCACAGGUAAACACAGUGCUGACAUCCGAUUUUGAAUGUUGCUAAUCAGCUGAUGUUUGAUUUUGGUCAGUUAUGUGUGUUUUGGGUUUAUGCCACAGAUCUUUACCUAGUUACAUUAUUUACUUGAAAAUAUAUUUAACUAAAUUAAGCUGUUGCACAUUAAACCAGACUGGAAUUAAGAAUGGCUCAUAAAAUGAUCUGUCAAGAACCUAAUUUUGGGCACUAUUUGAAUUAAGCAGGUGGAAAAAUGACUGAAAAGAAUAUGGACAAAAUCUGGUUGUAUAAUUUCAGAUCAAGAGAUCCAAGUAGUAAUUCAGCAGUUGUCAAGGUGACACUUGUCAAUGUUUGCAACAACAAAAAACAAAACAAAAAAAUAUAUAUAUACGUUUACAUACUAGAUUCAAUGCAAGUUUGGUGCUACAAAACUGUAAAUAUAUUUAUUUUUUCACUUUUAUUUAAACUGAAGGACAUGUCUGAAUUAUGUCUUAUUUAUAAAGACAACUUCAGGAAAUUCUUGAAACUUUUAACCACAAGUCAUAAAUGACUUCAAAGUCUACUUGUCCAAAAAUAAGGCAGCCCUUUCAUCUAAAUGUGCUUUAUACUGUAGCAAGUAAUUCACUGUAUUUCUCAGAAAUG